CAUUGCGAUUGCUCCCGGAAGAUUUCAGUCUAGUUUGGAGUUUCUGGCGGGUUGGACGUUUCGGGAUCAGAAAAAAAAAUCGGCGAAAAUUGCGCGCCUUUUUCCUGUUGUGGCUACGGGAUUUCUUAUAUUUUUCGUUUGGAAAAAGUUAGAAGCAACGUGAUAUUUGAUCAAUUUAUUUUUUUACCGUUUGAAGAACGAAAAAUGGUCAUAAAAAUUCCAGGUUUAGUGUAAUUGCCUGAAUGAAAAAAAAUAUUGAAAUCACCAAAAUAAGUUACACCAAUCGUUCGGUCCUAUCAGAAGGGUGAAUGUUCUGAAAAUUGAAAAAACUAACUCAACUUAACGACCCGUUUGUGGAUUUUUGCCUGGAAGUGUGGAAAGCAAUAAUUUUUCGCCGAUUGCGAAAAUUACCAGGAAGAACCAAACACGGAAAAGCAGAAAUUUGAGAAGAAAACAACUAAUCCUACCGUCGAUGGCGCGCAAAUUUGCAACGAUCUUGCUGCUAGCAUCGAUGCUGGUGGCAACAAUUCCAGGGAUUGCAGCCAACUUCAAAAGUGUCCCCCGAAAACAGCACUGCACCAAUACCAGACGACCUCAGAUUCAUGAAGGCCAAUACAACGUUCUUCACCAGAGGCUAACAGCCCUCAAGAAGGAGAUGAGAACCCGGGCCUCUACCAAGAACAUCGAGGUCGAUGCCUACUUGAUAACGUCCUACGAUGAGCACAUGUCCGACCAACUGAUGGAGUCGGACAAGCGACUCAAAUUCCUGACCGGCUUCUCGGAAGUGUCGGCCACUGCUAUCGUAACCAUGAAGUCGGCUGUCAUCUGGGUCGAUUCUCAGUACCAAAACCUUGCGGAUCUGGAGCUGAACUGUGACUGGCAGAUCUUCAUCAACGGGCAGGAUCCUUCGAUUCCGGAUUGGCUAGCGCAUGAACUAACCCCGGACUCUCGCGUUGGAGCCGAUCCACGGCUGGUGCCUCACGGCCAGUGGGUAUCUCUUGAAAAACAGCUGCAAGCCCACUUCAUCAAGCUGAUCAAGGUGGACCAGAAUCUGGUAGACAUUGUGUGGGGUGGCCGGAGACCGCAGCCACGCUUCGGUUCCAUCCAGGUCCAUCCGGUUCAGUACGCCGGUGAGAAGUGGGACGUCAAGCUGAACCGGUUGCGAUCGAAUCUUACGGCGUUGAAGUGCGAAGCCAUCAUUGUGACAUCGCUAACGGAAAUAGCCUACAUUUUGAACCUACGGGGCAACGAUAUCCCCUAUACGCCGGUCUUCAAAGCCUAUCUGCUGAUCAGUAAUCGCGAGAUCAUACUGCACACCAAUCGGAGCCGAAUCAACACCGGUCUGAUGAACCACCUGAGGGCCCAUCACUGCCACAACGAGUACUGUGUUCAAAUCCAAGACUACGACAACGUGUGGGGGAAUCUGCACACUCUCUCGCAGCGCUGGAACCGCAUCCUGGUCCCGUCGGCGGUCGCCUUCGAUCAGGGCGCCUCGGAAGCCAUCUUUAGCUCCCUGCCCCGGGAACUGAUCAUGGAUCGUCCCUCGCCGAUCGUGCUGCUUCGGGCCCAAAAGAACGACGUCGAACGGCACGGAAUGCGGAAGGCGCACAUCCGGGACGGCGCCGCCAUGGCCGAGGUCCUCAGCUACCUGGAGGAGAAGUUUCUAGCAGGUGACCACUUCACGGAGCUAUCGCUGGCUAAGGAGAUUGAUCGGCGUCGUAAGAUUCAGGACCUCUCGGAGGGAGUUUCAUUCCGAACGGUGGUUGCUUCCGGGACGCACAGCUCCAUACCCCAUUACGCGCCGAUGAACCGGACUGAUUUCGAGCUCACCGAGCACGGAACGAUUGUGCUGGAUUGCGGAGGUCAGUAUCUGGAUGGCACGACUGACGUCAGCCGAACGAUCCAUUUGGGCGACCCGAACCCGGAACAGAUGAAGGCCUACACCAACGUUCUGAUUGGAAUGAUCCAGCUGUCCCUGUUUACGUUCCCGGAAAAUAUGCGACUCACGGAACUUGACGCCAUGGCCAGGGGAUCGGUUUGGGAGGGCCAUAAGAACGAUUACCCGUUUGGGAUGGGGCACGGAGUGGGGUCCUAUCUUUCGGUUAAGGAAUCUCCCAUUUCCGAAUCGGGAAAAUCCAGACACGGUUUCAACACUUUCAAGGAAGGUUACUUUUUCUCGUAUGAACCAGGAUUUUACAAAACCGGAGAUUUUGGCAUCCGAUUGGAAAAUGUUUUGGAAGUCCACGAUACUGGCAACGUCCACACUUCGGGAAACAAAUUCCUCUCCUUCCAGGACAUCACUCUGGUACCAUUUGAGCCAAAAUUGAUUGAUCGCUCCAUGCUAACAUCCCCUCAGAUCAAGUGGCUCAACGACUACAACGCUCGCAUCCGGCAGCAGGUCGGCGAGGAGCUGAAACGCAAACAGAAAAUGGACGCCUUCUACUGGAUGAUGAACAAAACUAGGAACAUUCCAGAGCAUCGAUCCGAUUUGGACGGUUCCGGAUCCAUCGCUGCCUUAAACCAUCGGUUUCUCUAUUCCGCCUUUGGCGUCUGCCUGUUUGUCAAACUGUUGAUACUGAAUUAGAUUCCCUCAAAAAAAACUCACAACUUUUAAUCGAGCAAACUUUCUCACAAGUCUCUCUUAAAACCAUUUUAAAACGAAACCACACUGAGAAAAAUAUUAACCAAAAUCCGUUUGUUCGAACGCAUAAAAAAAUGGUUAGAAACUGUCCCACAACUUUUAAAAACAUCCCAUCGCGCACGAGGAAACCCAUCGCCUAUGAAAACAAAACUGCUAAACUCAACAAAAAUACACAAAUUCCUUAGCAAGCCUUUUAGCUAGUAAUUACAGAGAAGAAAAAUCAAUAAAUAAUUAUAAAACGGUAACCAAUAACUGUUCGAAUAGUUGUAAACAUUGAAACUUAUUUAUUGUAAACGAAAGGAGAAAACUGUUUCUGUUUUUGAUGUUUCGGGGAGUCCACACAAAGAUUAUAACGAUAAACGUUGUAUAUGUAAUUAAAAGUUAUUAGCAAAGUGAUAUUUUGACCUUCACGGUAUCAAGGACGCGAGGGCGUUAGUUGACGAGAUUCAAUAAAAUGCUAGUUGGAAAAA